AUGUGUCACUCUAUUGUCUGGUACUAUGUCUUCUGCCAACACCUCGAUGAGUUCCAAUCAUCUAUGAUUCAAUGCGAACAUGCCACAGUAACAGGAUACGAAUGUCUCCCCUAUUACCAGUUAAUAUUGCUACUCCCCCUUUCAGGAUCAUGCCAUACAUGUCUUGACGAACAGCAACAAAGCGAAGACGAAAGCAUCGAUGUAGAUAUUGGCAUUGAAGUGUUAUUUGACAUUGAUGAGGAACUAAACAAAGAGAGCUCUCUAAGUGAGGAAAACAGUGUUUUGUGCGCGUUGAAAUCUCCCAUGCCAGUUCCAGGAUAUCAUACACACCUGUAUUCUCCAAUGAGUAGUAAUUUCGAGAAAGAUAUCCGCUGGGAUAUGAAAGAAGAGGUGGAUAUCUCUGGUUAUGAUGAUUAUGAUGAUGAUCUAUUCCCAUCUCCGUGUUUUUCAACCGGGGGUUCUUCUAUAUACUCUAAGCUGGAUUCAGACCAGAGCUGGUCUAGUCAGGAAUGUGGCUUCCCGGAUUCACCUACAUUGAAUUGUGAUAUUUCUUUAUAUGAUGUCUCUACGCAGUGGGGCAUUGCAUCCAAUCCCUACGAGGAGAAAACAUGGCAGUCUAGGAUUCCUGUUUUUGUCCCCAAAAUGGAAACGAAGGCGCAGACAGAGGCUGAAAGGGUUUGGGAUGUUGAUGGGCUGGAAUUAUUUAAGCAGCUUACCUUUUAA